CAUCUCAAGCAAAGGACAAUCCCGUUCGCAAGAGCUCGAUGGCCGCAUUCGCCCUCCCCGCCAUCGCCUCCUCGUCAUCCCUCCCUAGACGAAGACCACCACCGAUCUACAUCUCCACUAACCCUUCCCACCUUGAUCCUCUCCACCUCCGCGACCUCUUCCUCGACUCCAAUCACUCCUGCUUCCGCUUCCCCAACCUCAGCCUUGACGGCCGGGUGGAACCCGUGGACCCUGUUCGCCUCCGAAAAGCCCUCGCUCAUAGCUUCAUUGUUGUUUCAGUUUUCUGCCGGACUAGAUUCUUGGCCGGCGAUGAUUCUGAUGAGAUUUCGGCCUAUGGCUUCCGAGACUUGUUUGAGAGGUCGCCGCCGGAGUCGGACAGGAAAUUGGUGGGCUUUGGCCGUGCCGUGUCGGAUGGUGGUUUGACGGCUUCGAUUCAUGAUGUCGUGGUCAUCCCUUCAUUGCAGAGACUGGGCAUUGGUCGGAAAAUAGUUAAUCGAAUCACCAGGAUUCUCACCAAUAAAGGCAUAUAUGAUAUAUCAGCACUCUGCUCAGAAAAGGAGAGGUUGUUUUUCACAGCAUGUGGAUUUGGGGAUGAUUCUUUGGGGUCUACCACUAUGAUAUAUAGCCGGACAGCCUCAAACUACUUGCAUGAUGAUUUGGUGGUCAAACCUGCUGGUCGAUUACUGUUGGUAGUGCCGCCUUCAAGAAACCCAAACUUAUUCAAGAGGAUUUCUGUGGAGGUUGACAAACCCAUCAAAGCUGAAAAGAAAAUUAUUUGAGCUAUCAGGAAAAUGAGAACAGACUCAUGUUGAAGCCUGCCUGUUUUCACAGUUAGGACUUGCUACCAGCUCAAAUUAGUGGAAGCUUGUGAAGCUUUUUUUGUACCGAAUGCUGUCCAUUCUUUUACUAAUUUAUGUGAAGUUUUGGAUUGAGUGGAGAAGUUACAGUAUGUUAGUAUGUGCACUGUAGCAGUCAUUCUGUAACUUUGUGCAGAGAAAAAUACAAACUUAUCAUUCAAUUCAA